GUGUACCUAUACACUGGAAUUUUGUUGGUGGAAAUGCGCCAAAACUUCGAAGUAAUGAGAAAACCGAAAAGUCCUAUACUUGGUCCAUUGAAGUAGAUAAGGAUGUAUAUGCCAUUCCAGGCCAUAACAAAACGAUCAGGAAUACCAAGCACUGUAAAGGUAAGGUGGACGUCAUCUUUGUCUUGGAUUCCUCGAGCAGUGUCCGGGCGGACGGCUGGACAAAGGAGCUGGAGUUUGUCUCGGACGUCGUCAAGCACUUCACCGUGGGCCCAGAUCACGUGCAGGUGGGGGCCGUGGCCUUCAGCUACCUGGGCGAGUUACUCUUCAACCUCAAAGAUCACAAAAGCGUCGCGGGCAUCGAGAAGGCGCUGAAAAGUGCCAGGUUUAUCGACUCUCAGUCCAACAUAGACAAGGCCCUGAACGUCAUCAACUCCAAGAAGAUGUUCAGCAAAGAGCACGGUGGUAGACCGGGCGUCCCGAAAAUCGUCUUCAUCAUUAGUGACGGGCCGUCGACGGAUCUCCCCAAAACGCUCGAGGAAACGUUCGCUCUGAGAAAAGCCAAAGUGCGCAUCAUCAGCAUGGGUGUCCGGCAACGAGGUGUCCAACGUUGAGAUGUUCACCAUCUCCAAAUCUACCGAUGUCAUCAGAGUGGCCCGACUUUUUCAAUAUGAAACCAGCUCUUGCCGACGCCGUGGACACAAUAUGCAUUAACCUCCCAGAGCAGGUCCAGUUGGAGAUUCCGUCGAAGGUCCUCGUCUUUGUCAUCCAGUUCUCCGGCAAGGUGGACAGUCCCGAGUGGGCCAUGCUGAUGGAAUUCGUCACCACCACCAUCAGAAACCUACAGCUGGGACCUAACGGCACAGAAGUAGUUGUGGCAACUGUGCGAAGAAUGAUCAACGUGUACGACUUUAGGCAAUUUACAAGUCAUGCAACCAUUGAAAGAGUGUUACUAGGCAGCGCUACAAUAACUCCCACCACAGUUAUCAAUAUGAAAGAGCUAUUUAAAAAAAUAUACUCCUGGAAAUAUCCAAAGAGUGUUCAAAUGAUACUGCAAAUUUGUACCGAUAACUAUUCAGAAAUCACCACAAUUGAUGACGAGAUCAAGAAAUGGCUCUCUCUGGGGCAUCUGGUGCACAUCACAGCCAUAGGCGACAAAGCACCGAUAGAAGAUAUCGUCAGAGUUGUUCAAGACCCGGAAAAUAUUCAAAUAAUAGAAAGUUAUGAUCUCCUAGCAACAACGACCAUUACACUAUUGCAGAAAAUCAUAUCAGGCGAUGUCCAAGUAACGGUUAAGAACGUCAGUGACAUCUCGUCAUUCACUUGUCAAGUAAAAACAGAGCUGGACGUCAUCUUUGUCAUUGACAUCUCUGCCAGCAUCUGCGUGACGGGUUGGAACAAAGUCAGCAGGUUUCUCCUGGACGUCGUCAAUUUCUUCAAACUGGGGGACACGGAGGUCAAGGUGGGCGCCGUCUUCUACAGUCACGAACCUCAGAGGGUCUUUGACCUCAGAGCGUUCGGCGAAUUCAAAAACAUUGAAAAGCGGCUGAAUGAACCACAUUUAAGCUCCACCACCAGAACUGACAAAGCUAUGAAGGCUAUCAUGGAGUGGAAUAUGUUCGAACCCACAUCUGGGGGCAGGCACAACGUGCAAGAUGUUAUUGUUCUAUUGACUGACGGACAUUCUACGAACCGUAAAAAAGCUCAGCUUGCGGCGGAUGAGUUGAUGAAGAAGAACGUGAAAGUGAUUACUCUGGGAGUCGGCAGGGAUGUAGCUCUGAAAGAGCUUAGAGGCUUGUCCCACAGCAGGAAUCACGUGAUACCAACGGAAACGUUCGACAAGGCGCAGUUCGCCAAACUAUAUUUAGCCAAGACGAUCUGCGAUGCUGUAUCUAUUUAACUUUCAAAAUGAAGAACAAGAACAAAAAG